AUGCUACGAACUGCCACAGUAAUAGAUCUGGGAUCCUCUAGUAUAACAUUGUUAGCCAGUCGAAAAGAAACCCUUGGUGACGGAGUGUUCCGAUGGGAAUGUAUAAAGUUGUAUAUUUACUUAUCAAUCACAUACGCUUCAACAGCCUAUAAUUUUGAUGUGUUUUCCAAGGUGUGCGAAAACGUGAGAGUUAUAGAUUUUAUAAUAAUUGAAUCGACUAUAGGUAUAUCGUAUAUGUGCAUGGAUAGUUUUAUAAAACAAUACACCAGAAGAUUUGAUUGUAUUAAAUACAUGAAUCCACUUCUGCGGGGGAUAUCGUAUGGAAGGUUUUUACAAACUUCUAAGUUUGUAGUUCUUCAUGCAACAUAUUUAGCUGACAGCUUAAGAUUCUUAGUGCUAAGUUUACGAGAAGUGCCUCCUUGGUCGACCUGUCAAACCGACAACGGCACGUUGUGUAUAGCAGCCAAGGACAUAAUGGUGCGCUGCAAUCAUAACAUUUCUACUAAGUUUGUUGAAACGUCUGCUUAUUUUAAUUAUUUAGACUCAUUCAUGUCCAUAGAGAGAAGCACUUUGACGUCAAGGUUUUUCAUUCUUGGCCUGGUCUGGAUGUUAGUUUUCUUUUUUGCGUCGGUUACUGAAGAAACUAUUGUAAAGAUUUUUAAACUAACAUUUAUGUGUAGAGCUAUGUCUACACUACUUACACUUAUAUUUAUAUUUAUUUCAACGGAAGAUGUUGCGACUGAGGCAUUUUCUCAAAUAGUGGAUAUCGCUGCGCCAAGUGAUAUCAUGUUAUCCGUCAAACAUGUAGCGUACGCAUACGGCAUUGGGUUUUUGGGUAUUUAUGACUUUGGUGCCCUAUCUACGUAUACCAUGAUUGACACUGCAUCUGUAAUUUUUGUAGCAGUGUUCACAUUUUUGUCAUUUUUGAGAUCAUGGAUUGUAAAAAUAUUAUAUAUAACGAUGACAAGAUGUGUGGAAAUAGAAGAUCAGUAUAGCACACAUGUAUUAGUUUACGCCAUUUUACCGUUGACUACAGAAUUCUUAUAUGCCCAUAAGUUGUAUGUAUUUUAUUUUUACGGAGAUGUAUUCCUUAGCACGUUAACUUUUAUGACAUAUCUAAUAGCUAUACUUGCAAAGUUCCUAAGUUAUGAGUUCAGUUCCGUCAAGCAAGUUUAUAUUGUUGGUUUGCUGUGCUGUUUGGGUUUGGCUCUGUCUUUACCACUGUUGGCGAUUGUGACAUCAUUGCAUCGACGCUUCACUCUUGGUAUAGACUUGGUUGACACGUACCUAGGUGGUGCUUAUGUAGCCAUAGUCAUGUGGCUGUACGGAUUGAAGAAAUUUUGCACUGAUAUACAAUUUUUGUUAGGAUUCAGGCCGACUCGGUUUUGGACAAUAAGUUGGGCUCUACUUCCAGCUGCACUUUUUUGUUGCACUGCACGUAGUGUCUAUAACUUGGUACAAAUGAAAGCUUCCAUAACGAAGUACAUGGCUAUUGCUUGGGGAGCAAUAACAUUCGCUUUCGUAGCUACAAUUAACAUUAAAACGAUGGCUGGUUUUUUAAUGAGAAAUAAUUUAGCUGGUAUGUUUAAAUCACAUAAAUAUUAUGGUCCGCCAGAGAUAGAAGAUCGAAAACGAAGAUUGUAUUAUAAUGAGUUCACACGACAAAGAAAAUGUAGACAUAACUGUAUGGUGAUAGAUGAAUGGUUUAAAUGUAAUCAUCAAGAAUAUAUACCAGAAAGUACAAGCUCAGAUGACGUGUCCAGUGCGUCUGACCAAUCAUUAAUGAAUCUUUAUGACACCAAACCCACGAGUCGGUUACGGAGUGUUGGUACCUUGAACCCUCAGGGUCCUGCCUCAACAUGAUGAAAUCAGCAUCGUUGACUGUGUCUGUUGUUUAUAAGCGUUUG